AUGGAAAUGAUGCUCAGACGUCUAAAAACAGAAGCAGACAAAGUAGGAUUAAGCAUAAACAUCGACAAAACAAAGUCAAUGCGCAUUAACACAAACAACAACACUCCAUUCAUUGUAGGAAUCAAACAUGUCGAGAAUGUAACAGAGUUUACUUACCUGGGAAGUAUUGUAACAGCCAACGGUGGCGCAGACGCGGAUAUUGUCAGCAGGAUCAGGAAGGCGCAGCGAGCCUUUGGUCAACUAAAAUCAGUUUGGACCUCCCGUCAACUCUCCAUAAAAACAAAAUUAAGAAUAUUCAAUUUCAACAUCAUACCAGUUUUAUUAUAUGGCUGCGAGACAUGGAGAGUGACAAAAAUAUCCAUCAACCGUCCACAGGUAUUUAUCAAUCGCUGCUUGCGGAAAAUACUUAAAAUCUUUUGGCCAGACACUAUACGUAACACCGACCUGCUUCAUCUUACAAACCAACAAGAAGUAGGCAUUAAAAUCCGCAAAAGAAAAUGGGGUUGGAUAGGUCACACUUUGCGGAAACCUGAUAGUAAUAUAGCGAGAUCAGCGUUGGAGUGGAAUCCCCAAGGGAAAAGAAAGCAAGGACGACCUGCUCAAACAUGGAGACGUUCCAUACUGGAUGAGCUUCAACAAGUAGGGUCAACAUGGACUUCCAAAACAGAACCCGAUAGAGAGCUUUCACUGAAGCCCUUUGCUUCGCGACGGUGCGGCCACGGCAGUCCCUGCGAGCAAAUAUGUUUCGAACUUCACGACGGGAUGUACGAGUGCGACUGCAGGGACGGCUUUAUUCUGCGAGACGACGGAUACAGUUGUGCGGAACUGAACUCGACGGCGUCUACUCCGUCCCUGGAAGACUUCAAAUUAGACGUAAUUUAUCAAAAGGACGCGGUAAUGGAUGCUCUGGAAUUCUCCUUCCCGAACGCGACACUCAUUAAUUCAUUUAUUUUUAUAUUUCUUUCAGAACGUUUCAAUUUCACAACACUCGGCCCCAGCCUGGAACAGAAACUCACUUCGGAAAGUUCGGCGUUCCUCAGAUCAACCCUGCCCAUUUCCACUGUGCGGCCCUGCACGCUAGAUUGCGGCCCUGGAGGCGGCUGUCACCUGGAAAGCGACGAGGAGACGGCCAAGUGCCUGUGUCCGCUGGGCAGGGGCGGUGAUGGAUGUGCCAGAGAUAUGGAAAUCCACUCGCCCCGAUUCACCGGCUCCAGCUGGCUGGCGUUUCCCGCCCUCAGGGGCGCAUACAAGCACGUCCAGCUGAGCCUGGAACUGAGGCCGGAGGCGUAUGACGGCAUCUUUUUCCUGACCGGCGAGCGCGACGACAUGGCCGGAGAUUUCAUGGCAUUGUUGCUGCACCAGGGAUUCGUGGAAUUCAGAUUCGACUGCGGCUCAGGAAUUGGGGUGGUAAGAUCAGAUGAGACCGUCCUGUUAAAUCAGUGGAACCAUGUGACAUUGUACCGGCAUAGAUGGGAUGCUAGGCUACAGCUGAACAAUGGAAAGCAUAUACAAGGAAGAAGUAAAGGCCUAUUUUCCAGGAUAACCUUUAGAGAGCCCUUGUUUAUCGGAGGCCCGGGCAACACGACGGGGCUCGACGAAAAAUUGCCGGUGACGAAGGGCCUGCGCGGCUGCAUCAGGCAUUUGGAGGUUAAUGAUCAUGUUUAUAAGUUUGCCUUGGAGCCGAGCGGAGAAAGUAUAAAAGGAUUCGGAAUUGAGGAAUGUACGGCCGACAGAUGUAGCCGAGUGCCGUGCCAACACGGGGGCAAAUGUCUGACAAGCGAAACCUCGGCAGUGUGUCUUUGUCCGUUGGGGUUUUCAGGAGAUCUAUGCGAGAUACGAGUAGACUUACAGGUGCCUUCAUUCAACGGCUCAAGCCAUCUGCGUUACCGCGGCUUGGCCGAGUCCGCCCUCACGUGGCUGGAUCUCGAGAUCACAUUCAAACCGACCAUAUCCGACGGCCUCAUCAUCUACAACGGCCAUAGAAUGGACGGCACCGGGGACUUUAUGGGCCUCUACCUCAACGACGGCUUCGUGGAGUUCGCCUACAAUUUGGGCACCGGAGCGGCUAUAGUGAGGAGUCACGGUCGCGUCGAACUGAGCGAAUGGCAUGAGGUUAGGCUGUCCCGGACGGGUCGUUUGGCCAUCCUGACCGUGGAUAAUCAGCUGCCGGUGGAGAUCCUCGCCCCCGGGGCCUUUACGCAAUUGUCGCUGCCCCAGAAUCUUUACCUCGGGGGAGUUCCUAAUUUUGGAGUCGUGUCGCCGCAGGUUCGGGUCCGGUCGGCGUUCGUCGGAUGCAUUCAAAAAGUCCAGAUAAACGGGCGAGCGGUGGCCAUCCUGGCCGAGGCGCUGGGCGGCGCCAACGUGGACAACUGCCCGCAUCCCUGCGUGGCCAGGCCCUGCGGCGAAGACGGCGAGUGUAUCCCCGAGAUGGAUUACUUUACCUGCAGAUGCAAACCGGGCUACAGAGACCACCUGUGCUCCCGUGGCCCUCCCUCCUUUCACGGCAUCGACAGCUUCUUCCACCUGAAGGACGCGACCACCAUGGAGGCCAUAUCCACGGAUCCUCUGGACAUAAACGUCCGGUUCAAAUCGAACUCGGACACGGGCUUGCUGCUGUGGGCUUUCACCGGCAGCGGAUUUGUGUCCUUGGGCCUGAGGAGGGGCGCCUUGGAGUUGAGGUUCAGCUCGAGGUAUAGGGAGGAGGAGUUGCUGGUGGUGCACAAUUCGAGUACGGUGCACGACGGGUUGUGGCACAGAGUGAAGGCCGUUAGGGACGGAUCUACCGGCCUCCUCAUAGUCGACAACGGCCCCGCCAUCACCCGCCAAUCUGUCCAGAUCCGGCCCCCCGACAAACCGCUGGGCCCCCCAGAGGUGGAGGGCCUGUUCAUCGGAGGCAUGCCUCACCGCCUCGUGGGCCCAGUCACCGGCUACGACGAGGGCGGUAUCCGAGGCUGCAUAGCCGACCUAGUGAUAAACGCGGACUACCAUCUUGGCGUGGUAAACCGGUCCGCGGCCAGGCACAAUAUCGGCGAGUGCGAGGUUUGACACUGUUGAUUAAGGACGACGAUGAGGUAUUUCCGUUCCCGGUUUUGUAUCUAGGAGGGUAAUGUGACGUAGGUAAGGUGGUGGGGCGUGGGUAAAAGUUUCGAUAUGAUAGAAGGGAUUAGAAGUAAUGAAAUGAUAUAUGUUAUAAAUUGGGUUUAGAAAUCUCAUUAAAAUUUAAGAACAAGGGACAUCUCAUGUAAAUUUUGAAAUAUCAAAUAUUAUCUCUUCCGAGAUGAUUUUAUGCAAAUGUUGUAUUAGACUUUUUUGAAGAGGCCUUAAAGUUGUAUUUUCGCCUAGAAUUGUGUUUUAUUAGGACUGGGUAUUUAAAUGUUAUUUACAAAAAUCUACCUUCUAAUUAGUAAAAUUUACAGUACACACGGCCCACUGGCUGCAAUAAAAAUACCAGCAAAAA